AUGCAGUUGCAGGCCUCUAUGCGCUUCUCCGCUACCCCACCCUUCCCAAGCUGUGAAGCUCAAACCAAAACCAUAAAGGAGAUCUCUCCAAUCCUUGUAAAGCCACCAUCGAAGAAAGCAGUCGCCCCUGCAAAAAUUGUGAGGCCAGUGACACCGGUGAUUCUGCCUGAACCCGAACCCAAACCCAAACCCUCGAUCUCUUCACCGCAAUUUGUUCCACCGAAGCCCAACCACACUAACGAUCUGAACCCAUUUCAGAGACUAGCUGCUUCUGUACUAGACGCCGUAGAAACUUCCCUGAUUGUGGAAUCCGAGAAGAAGCACCAUCUUCCCAGGACAGUGGACCCUACAGUUCAAAUCGCAGGUAAUUUCGCUCCGGUGACGGAAACCCCAGUGGAACAUGAGCUCAAUGUAACUACUGGUCGAAUCCCAGCUGCACUUAAUGGGGUUUACGUCCGUAACGGGGCCAACCCCAUGAUCGCGCCAAAGGGGGGCCACCACCUUUUUGACGGCGACGGCAUGAUCCAUGCCGUAUCGUUAAAUAGUGAAACGAACAAAGCUAGCUACAGUUGUCGCUUCACACGAACGAGUCGACUCGUACAAGAAUCGGUCUUGGGUAGGUCACUCUUUCCUAAACCGAUCGGUGAGCUUCAUGGCCAUUCCGGCAUCGCAAGGCUUAUGCUCUUCCAUGCUCGUUCCAUGAUGGGCAUCGUUAAUGCCAGCCAAGGUAUCGGCGUCGCUAAUGCCGGUCUCGUCUACUUCGAUGGCCACCUCCUUGCCAUGUCAGAGGACGACCUCCCUUACCACGUCAGAAUCACCACCGACGGUGAACUUGAAACCGUCGGCCGUUUCGAUUUCUCCGGUCAGCUGAAUUCCCCCAUUACCGCCCACCCUAAGGUGGACCCCACAACCGGAGAGCUCUUCGCUCUCAGCUACGAUGUCGUUAGGAAGCCUUACCUGAAAUGCUUCAAAUUCGAUAAGAAUGGAAGGAAAUCACCUGACGUUCUCAUCUCGCUGAACCAACCCACCAUGAUCCACGACUUCGCCAUCACAGAGAACUCCAUAAUCAUCCCCGAUCACCAAAUGGUUUUCAAGCUCAGCGAGAUGAUUCGUGGCAGAUCCCCUGUCGUUUACGACCGAAACAAAACCGCCCGGUUUGGGGUUCUGCCCAAAUACGACAUCGACGAAUCAAGAAUUCGAUGGAUAGACGUACCCGAUUGCUUCUGCUUCCACCUAUGGAACGCAUGGGAAGAGAAUUCCGGCAACGGUGACAAGAUAAUUUGCGUUGUCGGGUCAUCCAUGACACCUGCAGACUCAAUUUUUUCAGAAAGCGAUGAACCGCUAUGUAGUGUGUUGUCGGAAAUCCGGUUGAACCUAAAAACCGGCGAGUCGAACCGCAGGGAGAUUGUACCCGGGUUGAACCUAGAAGCCGGGCAAGUAAACAAGAAGUUUCUUGGGCGGAAAACCAAGUAUGCUUACCUGGCUAUUGCGGAACCAUGGCCGAAAUGUUCAGGUGUUGCGAAGGUUGACUUGGUUACCGGAGAAGUGACGAAAUUUGUAUACGGCGAGGGAAGGUUCGGGGGGGAGCCAUGUUUCGUUCCGGGUAAGAACCCUACCCGGUUGGAUGUUGGUGAAGAUGAAAAUGAAGAUGAAGGUUACCUGAUGAGUUACGUUAGGGAUGAGAAGAAAGAGAGGUCAGAGCUAGUGAUGGUGAAUGCUUCGACCAUGAAACAAGAGGCCUCUUUGAGAUUGCCUGCAAGGGUUCCUUAUGGGUUUCAUGGUACUUUUGUUACUUCGGAGGAUCUGAUUGGGCAAGAUCUUGGUUCAUAG